AUGCCUGUACAAGCUCCACAAUGGACGGAUUUUCUCUCCUGCCCGAUUUGCACACAGACUUUCGACGAAACAAUCCGGAAGCCCAUCAGCUUGGGUUGUGGCCACACUGUCUGCAAGAUGUGCCUCAACAAGCUCCACCGUAAGGCAUGCCCUUUUGACCAGACCACUAUCAAUACAGACAUUGAACUCCUUCCUGUGAACUCAGCCUUACUGCAACUAGUGGGUGCUCAGGUUCCUGAGCAGCAGCCAAUUACUUUAUGUAGUGGAGCUGAAGAUACCAAGCAUUACGAGGAGGGCAAGAAAUGCGUGGAAGAACUAGCAUUGUACCUCAAACCACUCAGCAGUGCGAGAGGUGUGGGUCUUAACAGUACUACUCAGAGCGUCCUAAGCCGCCCCAUGCAAAGGAAACUUGUGACCUUAGUUCAUUGCCAGCUAGUGGAGGAAGAAGGGCGGAUAAGAGCCAUGCGUGCAGCGCGGUCGCUUGGUGAAAGAACAGUCACAGAGCUCAUUCUUCAACAUCAAAAUCCUCAGCAGCUCUCUUCCAACCUCUGGGCUGCAGUGAGAGCCAGAGGGUGCCAGUUCCUUGGACCAGCAAUGCAAGAGGAGGCUUUAAAGCUGGUUCUGCUGGCUCUGGAAGAUGGAUCUGCUUUGUCAAGAAAGGUCUUGGUUCUGUUUGUGGUUCAGAGGCUGGAGCCGCGAUUUCCUCAGGCUUCUAAAACUAGCAUUGGGCAUGUUGUCCAGCUUCUUUACAGAGCUUCGUGCUUCAAGGUGACAAAGCGAGAUGAGGAUUCCUCCCUGAUGCAACUGAAGGAGGAAUUUCGCACUUAUGAGGCUCUGAGAAGGGAACAUGAUUCCCAGAUAGUUCAAAUUGCUAUGGAAGCAGGUUUACGCAUUGCACCAGAUCAGUGGUCCUCACUGUUAUACGGAGACCAGUCUCACAAAUCCCACAUGCAGUCUAUCAUUGACAAGUUGCAGACCCCAGCCUCGUUUGCACAGAGUGUUCAGGAAUUGACUAUUGCUCUUCAGAGGACUGGAGAUCCGGCUAACCUGAAUCGUCUUCGACCUCACCUAGAGCUCCUGGCAAAUAUUGAUCCCAGUCCAGAUGCUCCACCUCCGACGUGGGAACAACUGGAGAAUGGACUAGUUGCUGUGAGGACUGUGGUUCAUGGCUUAGUUGAUUAUAUCCAGAAUCACAGCAAGAAAGGAACAGAUCAGCAACAGCCUCCUCAGCACAGCAAGUACAAGACAUACAUGUGCCGGGACAUGAAACAGCGAGGAGGGUGCCCCCGAGGGGCUAGCUGCACCUUUGCACAUUCACAGGAGGAGCUAGAAAAAUUCCGUAAAAUGAACAAGCGUCUGGUUCCUAGAAGACCCCUGAGUGCCUCCCUGGGCCAGCUAAAUGAGGUGGGCCUGCCUUCAGGAGCUAUCCUCUCAGAGGAAGGGGGAGUGGACUUGCCCAGUAGGAAAACUUCUGCUCUGCCAAAUGGAAUUGUGUCAACAGGCAGCACGGUGACGCAACUUAUUUCUCGAGGGACUGACUCCAGUUACGAAACUGCUCUGAAGCCAGGGAAGAUGGACCAUCUGAGUAGCAGUGCCCCUGGAUCCCCUCCUGACUUGCUGGAGUCUGUCCCCAAGAGUUCUAUUUCUGCAUUACCAGUGAACCCUCAUCCUGUGCCUGCUCGGGCACCAACAGAUCUGCCUUCAGUGUCUGUCACCAAGCAGUUGCAAAUGGUACCACGAGGGUCUCAGUUGUAUAAUACUCAGCAAGCAGAUAUGUUUUAUCAGGAUCCUAGAGGAGCUGCCCCACCAUUUGAGCCAGCACCCUACCAACAAGGAGUUUACUAUCCCACUCAAUCCAUGUCUCGCUUUGUUCGACCUCCUCCAUCAGCUCCUGAACCUGGUCCGCCUUAUUUAGACCAUUACCCACCCUACCUUCAGGAUCGUGUGGUGAGCCCACAGUACACGCAGCCGCAGCAGUAUCCUCCUAUGGGACAACCCAUAUACCCACCGCACUAUGACAGCCGUCGUGUAUAUCCCCCUGUCCAGCCAUAUCAGCGAGAGGAGAUUGUCCGAGGAAGCCCUGUACCCAUUGAUAUUCCACAAGCAGCUGUACCUUCCUACGUACCUGAAUCCAGAGACAGAUACCAGCAAACAGAGGGUUAUUGCCCAGUGGCUCCACAUCUCAGUCAGAUCAGACCUUCGUGCCACAGGCCGCAUCCCAGUCUGGAUGAACUUCACCGACGACGAAAAGAGAUCAUGGCCCAGCUAGAAGAAAGGAAGGUGAUUUCUCCACCUCCCUUUGCACCGUCACCAACCUUGCCUCAUCCUUUUCAUUCAGAGGAGUACUUGGAUGAAGACCUGAAGGUAGCUGGGAAAUACAAAGGAAAUGACUAUAGCCAGUAUUCUCCCUGGUCCUGUGACACCAUCGGCUCCUACAUUGGAACCAAAGAUGCAAAACCCAAAGAUGUUGUGGCAGCAAGGAGUGUGGAGAUGGCGAAUGUAGAUAGUAAAGCCAUGCGUGACCAGCGAUUAGACAUGCAGCGAAGAGCAGCAGAGACUGGUGAUGAUGACCUCAUUCCAUUUGGAGACCGACCAACUGUGUCGAGAUUUGGGGCUAUCUCUCGUACUUCCAAAGCGAUGUACCAGAAUUCUGGUCCCAUGCAGGCCAUGGCAGUUCAGGGAGCUACCACCAAAUCAAUCAUUUCAGACUACAAUCCUUACGGAACUCAUGGUGGCUGGGGAGGCUCUCCAUAUUCUCCUCAUCAAAAUAUACCUUCUCAGGGACGUUUCAACGACAGGGAGAGACUGUCCAUGUCAGAUGUGGCUGGUCAUGGGAAACAGUUGCCCUCAGCGGAGCGAGAGCAGCAGCUGCGCAUGGAGCUGCAGCAAGUAGACCAUCAGAUUAGCCAGCAGACACAAAUGCGAGGACUAGAGAGGGAGGCGACUACCCUGGCAGGCCAGCCACAGCCCCCACCCCCACCUCCCAAGUGGCCUGGGAUGAUCUCAAGUGAACAGCUGAGCUUGGAGCUACACCAGGUGGAAAGGGAAAUUGGGAAGAGAACCCGUGAGCUGAGCAUGGAGAGCCAGUCUUCACUGGAUAUAAAAACCAAACUGGGCACCACUAAACAGACAGAAAAUGGACAAUUAGAACCACAAAGCAAGGUUCCAGCUGAGGACCUCGCACUGACAUUCAGCAGUGAUGUUCCAAAUGGAUCAGCCUUGACACAAGAGAACAUCGGCCUCCUGUCAAACAAGACGGCCUCUCUCAGCCUGUCAGAGGACCCAGAGGGAGGGGGAGACAACCAUGACUCCCAGAGAGCGGGAGUUACGCCCACGUCUGCUCCAUGAAGCGAGGCCAGCAUACCCCAGAGUUUCUUUUGCUGGGGUGUUGGUAGCUUCCAUCAUGUUUUUUUCCAGGGGUGAUUGGAGAAACCCAGGAGCAACAGCAGCAGCAGAGCACCAGGUCCAGAGGCAAUGUGCACAAACACAACUACAAGAAACAAAUCCUGCACAUAGUUCACAUUAACGCAUUUUUUAAUUAAAAAAAUGAAAAUUAGCAGUAUCUGCAAGCGAUUCAAAUUAAAUUUGUUUUUGUUCUGUGAAUGAACUUUAUUUUAGUAAUUUUGGAUGCCUUGGAUCCCAGGGCUUAAAAAAAAAAGAUAUUAUAUAUAUAUACUCUGUUUGAUUAAUUGUAUGAUCUUAAUGAAGUAGCUUUUU